AUGGGCUGCGACAGGGCUUGUGCCGCAUACAUGGAGGAUGAGGAUGAGAAGGGUCACACCUUGUUUGAAACCCGACGCUCUGCUAAAACCUCCUCACACCCUCAUCAAUCUACUGCACACAGUAACCAAACGUCACUUCAGUCUACCUCCGCAGACAAAACGAGGGAUAUCAAGCUGGGUGAAGUGACGACAAAAGCUAAUCCUACACUACAUAGAGGGAAUUACAACUUCCACCCCAUCCAAGCUCCUCCGAUGCAACAUCCAAAUAUCGUACGCGAUCCCAAUCAACUACCACUACCACUCCACGCCAAUCAACCUAACAUGACUGGACAUCAUGAUCAAGCUUACUACGGGAUGCCGCAACCCGGAUCUCUUCCCCUUCGUACACGGGCCGCUGCAGCAAAUAACAGCUACCCGCGGCCUCAGCAAGGUUCCUUUAACACACCCCCUAACCCUCCCUAUGUUGGCGGAGCACCAUCCACGAUGCCGCCCUACUACACACAAAUGUCAUCUGGUCCGCCACCCGACUCACACGCCGGUCCGCCUCACGGCCCACCUGUACACGCACCAUUCCCGCCUGGUCAGUACCCUCCAGGUCAACAUCCAUCCGGCCAGUUUACGCCUAAUCAGCACACAUCAGGACAGUUUCCUCCGAAUAAUCAUCCACCAGGCCAAUUUCCUCCUAAUCAACAUCCACCAGGACAGUUUCCACCUAAUCAACAUCCAUCGGGUCAGUUUCCACCUAAUCAACAUCCAUCGGUUCAGUUCCCGCCUAAUCAACACCCUUCGGGACACCUUCCACCUAAUCAAUUCCCGCACCAGUUUCCGCACACUCAAUUUCCACCCAAUCAUUUCCCUCCAGGACAGUUGCCACCAAAUCAAUUUCAGUCAGGACACUACGCUCAGGGUCAAUUUCCACACAGCCAAUUACCCUCAGGUCAAGUAUCUGGUCCUAGUCCUAAUCUCUCAGGUCAUCUACAACCGCGAUCCCCUUCAUAUCCUAUCCAUCCCGGCUCUCCUCCACCUUUAGAUCAUAUUUACUCGACACAGCAACCUGCAUCACGAUCUCUUUAUGACCGCUUUCAUCUGGGCCGGGAUUUUGAUCCGAUAACACGAACAGCUUCAGCUUUUGACUCACGAGAUACUCGCUCACACAUGGAGCCAUGUGAUGAAGAAGGAUAUAACUCGGUAUCUGAAGCACCGCCUCCACGUCGGUCCAAACACCGAAGGAAGAGCGAUUUUCGGGGAUCGGCUCCUAUAGUUCCAGAUGAAGAAGAAGAAGAGGAGCCAGAUUACGAACUUGCUCAUCCCCCUUCACGACCCCAUCCAAACAAUUACAGAAAUCAAACUGAUCGAAAGAGCCGGAAAGAUGUAUCCCAUGACAAACAUAGCUCCAAGUCUCAUACACAAGCCCAAGAGGUUGUGAGAUCUCGCGGAACGAGCAUCUCCCACGGUUCUCGUCACACAGGAGAUGGAGCCAAGCUUGAUUCUUCUAGUAACAGCCAUCGAAGAAAGACGUGGUACGAUAACCAGACCUCUGCCGGAUCCAGUGGCUACGAAAACAAAUUGCAACAAGCGAGCUGCUAUCUCGAUGAUUUUGGCGAACCAGAUAAACACCCUCCCCUCACGGCGGAAACCCUGAGACGGCAACAAAAGAGACAGGACGGUAGUAGUCGGAGCACAAAGAGUAGUGCUAGCCGUGAUGACAGUGAUUAUAAAAAGUCUGUAACAACUCGAACAACCAGAAGUGGAAGUGGGAAUGAAGAAAAAAAUAUGACUAUAAAGGUGACUGGAUCAGUACGGGUCACGGUUGGUGGUGCUCAAAUUGAAUGUACCGAUGGAGGCGCGAUCGAAAUAUCGCGUGAUAAAGCCUCGCGCGACACGAUUGGGAAAUCUAUACGCGAUGGUAGUGAUCGAUCCAGUCCUGAUUCUGAUGUACGACACGCAAUAGAAAAUUACGAUCGCCAUACUCACAGCGACAAAUCGUCCAGACGGACACGAAUCAACUCACAGCAGCGUCGGCUUUCGGAGGCUCGCCGUGACUUGGGCGAUGAUUACUUUUAA